CAUUUUGUCCGAACACCAAAGGAUUGAUCGUUAAAAGUUUGCUGCCAAACCUCGAAUGAUUGCGUACCCACCUUCACAAAGCAAACCGCUACGCUUCGAAUUUUUUAUGAGCAGCGCUGAGCAUGGUCUUCGCAUACACAGACGCUUCUCUUUCUAUGACUCCUCCUGUGAUCACAACUCAACCAGGAGCAGGAACAGCCUCUUUUCUUUAUGGAGCUGCUUUAUGGUUACCAAAGUCAAUACAUGAGGACAUACCUCCCGGUCUGGAAUACUUGACCAUGCUUGAUGAGAUUGUUAUUCAUCAGCAUUCCGAGUGUUUUGAAACAUUCACUGGAUGCGAGACCAAGAACAUGUACUCUCUGAAAAAUUCCCAUGGACAAAAGAUUUAUCAUGCUACGGAAAAAUCAAACUGGUGCACACGACAAUGCUGCGGUUCAGGAAGAGCAUUUACCAUGCAUAUCAUGGACAACUUCAACAGAGAGAUCUUGCUCAUACGACGUCCACUCAACUGCUGUGGUAAAGCUUGUUUUGGCCUUCUUCCCAGGCUAGGAUUAUGUCGAACAAAAUGCACAGUCGAGUCGCCGCCAGGGAAUGUGAUUGGCAGAGUCGAGCAACAAGGGUUUUGCUGUCAUACUUGCUUGGUCGUGAAAGAUGCAGACGGUGAAGCGAUCAUGCAAGUGCAUUCUCCCUGUUGUUUGAUACUACAUUGUACUUGCCAGGAUAAGACAUUUCCUGUGGACAAAAUUGAUGGGGAAAGCGUGGGAAGCAUUAUGAAAAAGUGGGGUGGUUGCUGUCGUGAGGCUUUUACCGAUGCAGACGAGUACAGCGUAACAUUCCCAGUAAAUCUCGAUGUGAAGGUGAAAGCGGUUCUACUAGGAGCAACAUUUCUCAUCGAUUUCAUGAAGUUCGAGGCCGAUAACCGUUGUAAUAUCAGACUUUUCUGUCGCCGAUAAGAGUCGUGAUUUGUUGGUGGCAGAUAAUA